AUAUUUCCUUUCGCUCGAAAAACCCCUCUCUUUUGUAUUCUCUUCCCUCUCUCAUUGCUGCUUCUGCUGCAGCUGCUGCUCCUACUAGUGCUGCGUAAAUUUACCAAAUCACUCCUUAUCUUACUUAGCUCAACAGAGAAACCCCUAGCUCUCUUCAAAAUGCAUUGUUCAAUCUCCGGCGAGGUGCCGGAAGAGCCCGUCGUCUCAAAGAAGUCUGGGCUUCUAUACGAAAAGCGCUUAAUCGAGAUGCACAUAUCGGAUUAUGGAAAAUGUCCAAUUACUGGGGAACCACUUACGAUGGAUGACAUUGUUCCAGUCAAAACAGGCAAGAUUGUGAAGCCAAGAACUGUACAAACUGCUAGCAUCCCUGGGAUGCUUGGAAUGUUCCAGAAUGAAUGGGACGGUCUGAUGCUAUCCAAUUUUGCUUUGGAGCAACAACUACAUACUGCAAGACAAGAGCUAAGCCAUGCAUUAUACCAGCACGAUGCUGCUUGCCGAGUGAUUGCUAGACUUAGAAAGGAAAGGGAUGAGGCAAGGUCACUGCUUGCACAGGCUGAGAGACAGAUACCUGCGUUAGCAACAGCUGCUGCUCCAGUCAAUACCUCUGCUCUCAGUAAUGGAAAAAGAGCUGCCGAAGAGGAUGAUUUGGGCCCAGCUGGAAAGAGAAUGCGUCCUGGAAUUUCUCCCACCAUCAUUACGGAGUUGACAGACUGUAAUGCAGCUCUUUCACAACAGCGUAAAAAGCGGCAGAUUCCUCCAACAUUGGCUCCCGUUGAAGCUGUGGAGAGGUACACACAGCUUUCCAGUCAUCCCCUUCACAAAACCAGCAAACCGGGCAUUUCAUCUAUUGAUAUCCAUUAUUCUAAGGACAUCAUUGCCACUGGAGGAAUUGAUUCCACUGCAGUACUCUUUGAUCGCCCAUCAGGACAGAUCGUAUCUACACUCAGUGGUCACUCAAAGAAGGUUACUAGUGUGAAAUUCGUAGCCGAGGGUGAUUUAUUUUUGACUGGAUCUGCAGACAAGACUGUUCGUGUUUGGCAAGGAUCUGAAGAUGGAAACUAUGAAUGCAGACACAUUUUGAAGGAUCACACUGCUGAGGUGCAAGCUGUCACAGUACAUGCCACAAAUAGGUAUUUUGUGACUGCUUCUCUCGAUAAUACAUGGUGCUUCUACGAUCUCUCCUCUGGCUUAUGUUUGAAGCAGGUUGAUGACACGUCAAAAUCUGACACUUCUAAACCUGAGGGCUAUACAUCUGCAGCUUUUCAUCCUGAUGGUCUCAUCCUUGGAACAGGCACCUCAGAAGCAGUCGUUAAAAUUUGGGAUGUAAAGAGCCAGGCAAAUGUUGCAAGAUUUGAUGGCCAUGAAGGAGCAGUAACUGCCAUAUCUUUCUCAGAAAAUGGUUACUUCCUAGCGACGGCAGCUCGUGAUAGUGUUAAAUUAUGGGAUCUGCGCAAAUUGAAGAACUUUCGCACGCUCAAUCUGUAUGAUUCAGAUACACCAACAAACUCAGUGGAAUUUGACCACAGUGGAUGUUACCUCGGAGUUGCAGGCUCAGAUAUAAGAAUUUACCAAGUUGCUAGUGUUAAGGCAGAUUGGAAUUGCAUCAAAACUCUCCCUGACUUAUCUGGCACAGGAAAAGCAACUUGUGUGAAAUUUGGUCCUGAUGCUAAAUACAUAGCAGUAGGAUCUAUGGACCGCAACCUCCGGAUAUUUGGCCUACCUGGGGAUGAAGGUCAACCAGAGUCAUGAAGCGUUUGCAAGUCGCUAUUGGUGCUCCUUGCAAUUGGGUAUACAGCUUUUGUUUGUUGUCCUGUAUUGACUAAUGAAGCAGAUGGUGGAACUUGAGUUCUUAUUUGUUGUGCAAUAUUGGCUCUUUACUCAAUUUUCUACCAAUGGAGCCAUGUGCCUAGGUGAAGGGUCUGCUUAGAUUGAAGAAGUGAAAUUGAAUAACUGUUCAGUCUUUUUGUAUUACUUGACAUUGAAAUUUUCAGAACAUGUUUAAUCUACAUCAUAAGAUUUUGCCUUUUGGGUUGAUACGCGCUAAUUUAAAUGCUUUUAGGUUUGUAAUGUGUAUUUGCAGUAAAAUGUAUCUCUACUGAGUAUUAAACCAUAGCUUGUUGACAUCAUCAUUUUGCAGAUUGGUUUAAGUUACAUACAUUAAUUAU